AUGGCUACGGGUUACAAAUUGACUGCUGAUACCGGGUCACCGGUUAAGGAUGCUACACAGUAUCGGAGUAUAGUCGGUGCGUUGCAGUACGUUGUUAUCACUCGUCCCGAUGUUGUAUUCGUAGUGAAUAGGGUAUGCCAAUUCAUGCAGUCUCCGUGUGAUGUUCAUCUUCAGGCGGUAAAGCGCAUAUUAAGAUACUUACAGGCCACUAUCGACUUUGGUCUUCGAUUUUCAGCAUCACCUCGCUUGUCCUUGACAGGGUUUGCUUAUGCAAAUUGUGGAUCAGAUGCAGAUGACAGACGUUCGACCUCUGGUUACUGCAUUUACUUUGCGGGGAAUUUAGUUUCCUGGGGCUCUCGUAAACAUGCUGUUGCAAUAUGUAUGAAUCCAAUUCUUCGUUCCAAAUUUAAACAUGUUGAGCUUGAUAUGUUUUUUGUUCGAGAGAUGGUGGCUGCUGGAAAACUCUAUGUUCAGGAGGUUCAUGCUUUUGAACAAGUGGUUGAUGUUCUAACUAAGCCAUUGUAUGCUCCUAUGUUUUUUAAACAUCGACAGCGGUUACUUGUGUCUCAAAUUCCAGAAAAGUCUCUGAUUUCAAGAGUUGAGGAGUAA